ACUGCCUCAGGGACCACCAACACCACCUCAGAGACCACCAGUACCACCUCAGAGACCACCUCAGAGACCACCAGUACAGCUCCAGUGCCCACCAGCACUGCCUCAGAGACCAGCACCACCUCAGAGACCACCAACACCACCUCAGAGACCACCAGUACAGCUCCAGUGCCCACCAGCACCGCCUCAGAGACCACCAGUACAGCUCCAGUGCCCACCAGUACAGCUCCAGUGCCCACCAGCACUGCCUCAGAGACCACCAACACCACCUCAGAGACCACCAGUACAAAUCCAGUGCCCACCAGCACUGCCUCAGAGACCACCAACACCACCUCAGAGACCACCAGUACAGCUCCAGUGCCCACCAGUACAGCUCCAGUGCCCACCAGCACCACCUCAGAGACCACCAACACCACCUCGGAGACCACCAGUACAGCUCCAGUGCCCACCAGCACUGCCUCAGAGACCACCAGUACCACCUCAGAGACCACCAGUGCAGCUCCAGUGCCCACCAGCACCGCCUCAGAGACCACCAACACCACCUCAGAGACCACCAGUACAGCUCCAGUGCCCACCAGUACAGCUCCAGUGCCCACCAGCACUGCCUCAGAGACCACCAACACCACCUCAGAGACCACCAGUACCACCUCAGAGACCACCAGUACAGCUCCAGUGCCCACCAGCACUGCCUCAGAGACCACCAACAGCACUUCAGAGACCACCAGUACAGCUCCAGUGCCAACCAGCACCGCCUCAGAGACCACCAGCACCACCUCAGAGACCACCAACACCACCUCAGAGACCACCAGUGCAGCUCCAGUGCCCACCAGCACUGCCUCAGAGACCACCAGUACCACCUCAGAGACCACCAGUGCAGCUCCAGUGCCCACCAGCACUGCCUCAGAGACCACCAACACCACCUCAGAGACCACCAGUACAGCUCCAGUGCCCACCAACACUGCCUCAGAGACCACCUCAGAGACCACCAGUACAGCUCCAGUGCCCACCAGCACUGCCUCAGAAACCACCAACACCACCUUGGAGACCACCAGUGCAGCUCCAGUACCCACCAGCACCACCUCAGAGACCACCAGUACCACCUCAGAGAUCACCAGUACAGCUCCAGUGGCCACUAGUUCAGCUCAAGUGACUACCAGCACCGCUCCAGUGACCACCAGCACAUAUCCAGUGCCCACCAGUACUACUCCAGUGACCACUAGUACAACUCCAGUGACCACUAGUACAGCUCCAGUGACCACCAGCACUGCCCCAGUGACCAUCAGGACAGCUCCAGUGACCACCAGCACUGCCCCAGUAACCACCAGCACCGCCCCAGUGACCACCAGUACAGCUCCAGUGACUACCAGCACGUCCCCCGUGACCAUGAGUACAGCCCCAGUAACCACCACUACAUCCCCAGUGACCACUAGCACAUCUCCAGUGACCACCAGUACAGCUCCAAUGACCACCAGCACCACCCCCGUGACCACCAGCCUCCAUGGCUGA